GAAAGAAGACUUUCACAGGCGCCACCUUGUGAGACAGUCCUAUCGCAGAAGUUAUCUCCAGUAGUUCUUCGGUGGUUGUGUUCGUCCGGUUUUCCUGUGAUUUUUUUUCCGAUCUCAAAGGAUCCCGGUUAUUACUACUCCGACAAAAAGAGCGAUGUCGAUGGCUGGGUAUUAAACUAAUCAGGAGCUGACUGGAGAAGAAUCUAGUCGCGCUCAUUUGAAUCACUGUUGAGUAUCAGCCAAUAAACACACGCAAGGAUCAUGAAAAUGGUGCUGUCUCAACGUCAGAGGGAGGAGUUAAAUAAGGCGAUUGCGGAUUAUCUCAGUACCAAUGGUUAUCAAGAUGCGCUUGAGGCGUUUAAGAAAGAAGCCGAUAUGCCUGGGGAAGUGGAGAGAAAAUAUGGAGGUCUUCUGGAAAAGAAGUGGACCUCGGUCAUACGCUUGCAAAAGAAGGUAAUGGAACUGGAAUCCAAACUCUCUGAAGCUGAGAAGGAAUUCAUCGAAGGGGCACCAACACGUAGCAAACGAUCACCAUCCGAGUGGAUACCAAGGCCACCCGAAAAAUACAGUCUUACUGGACACAGAGCUCCUAUCAACAGAGUUAUUUUCCAUCCGGUUUUUAGUCUUAUAGUAUCUGCCAGCGAAGAUGCCACUAUCAAGGUGUGGGACUUCGAGAGCGGCGAAUUCGAAAGAACGUUGAAGGGGCACACUGACAGCGUACAGGACGUUUCCUUCGACGUCUCCGGUAAACUGUUAGUCUCAUGCAGUGCAGACAUGUCUAUUAAGUUAUGGGACUUUCACCAGUCAUUCGCCUGCGUGAAAACCAUGCACGGACAUGAUCAUAGUGUCAGCUCUGUCGCAUUUGUGCCACAAGGGGAUUUCGUAGUGAGCGCCUCUAGGGAUAAGACCAUCAAAAUAUGGGAAGUAGCGACAGGGUAUUGUGUUAAAACGUUAACGGGGCACAGAGAAUGGGUACGAAUGGCCAGAGUCAGUCCUUGCGGAGAAUUAAUAGCUAGUUGCUCGAACGAUCAAACGGUACGAGUUUGGCACGUAGCAACAAAGGAAACAAAGGUCGAACUCAGAGACCACGAACACGUAGUAGAGUGUAUCGCAUGGGCACCGGACAGUGCAAGAGCAUCAAUCAACGCUGCAGCAGGAGCAGACAACAAGGGUGCCCACGAAGGACCUUUCCUCGCAUCUGGCUCGCGAGAUAAAGUAAUUCGUGUAUGGGAUGUCGGUGCCGGUGUUUGUCUUUUCGCCCUCUUGGGCCACGACAACUGGGUUCGCGGCAUCGUCUUCCAUCCUGGUGGCAAGUUCAUCGUCAGUGCCUCUGACGAUAAGACCCUGCGAGUCUGGGACACGCGCAACAAACGGGUAAUGAAAACCCUUGAAGCGCACGUCCACUUCUGCACCUCCGUUGAUUUUCACAAAAGCCAUCCUUACGUGGUCACCGGUAGUGUCGAUCAAACGGUGAAGAUCUGGGAGUGCCGCUAGUCACCAAAACAUCAGGGUCUCGUUGAACCUUCGUCGAGAAAGAAAGAUUUUGGAGAGAAGGCGAACGAUGCGCGUCGAAUUCGAUGAAAACGGCCGAGAGAGUAAGCUGCUACAAAAAAAAAAAAAAAAAAGUUAUCGUACAUACUACUAUUAUUAAUAUUAAUAUUAUUAUACACACAUAAACAUGUACGAUUAAGAGCUCUUUAAUUAAUUUAUAAUAAAGUAUAAUUAGUAAUUAUUAAUAUUACAUAUACGUUUUACGGUAAUGAACUGCACGAUUCGAGGAGAGUCGGUCGAGAUUAAAUUUUCUUUCGUGAGGAGGACAUUGCCAUAAUUUCAUCGACGGUUAGAAAAAAAAAAAAAAGAAA